GCCAUUCCCAUUUCAGUUCCUUAUUAUGACAGCACAGCACACAGUUUAAGGAGGCAUCAGUUCAGAAACAUUAGUUUCUGAAGCAGAAAGUGUGACAUACUUUAACAUUAUGUCAUUUUUGGCCAACUGGUCAGUGUGAUUCUUCGAAUUGUAACGGACAAUCAAAUAAACAUUCUAAGACAAUGUCUCUAUAUCGGAAGAAAGUCCCAGACCCGGGGCCCCUUACUACUGAGAUAGUGUCUGAAAUUGACAGGGACAAGCAUAUUUUACUGCAUAUGCUGGACCUGCACAGGGAAAAGGUGGCACCUCUGGAUCUUACAUCAAUGCAAUAUGUGAACACUCCAAGCACUGAAGAUGACCUUCCACAGGACCCAACAGAGCUUGCAAAUGCAUUCCUCCGGCGACUCUGGAUAAAUAAUCCCCAAGCCCGCAGCACUUGGUGCAAGGUACCAGUAGGAGAUUACGGUUUGGACAUGGAUGAGAAUUCACAAUGUGCUAUUAAUCCUUUAGACCUGGUUACUGUCAUCUACAUGACAACAAAUAGUUUCCUACAGCAAGAGAUUGCCCAGCGAAUGCUGCAGUGCAGCUUUGCAGUGCCUCUGUAUCUUCCACCUAUUCACCCAGAGAAGAUCGGAACCAUCCUCCUUUGUCCAUUUAGAGGUGUUCUAGGUCAGUGGAAGUCAGCUUCUGAGGGGCCUGUCAUGAAGAACAUGGCCGAUUCCAGGAUGCCAUUUCUCUCCGCAGUGAGGCUAGGUUGCCUCAAUGUCUCAAAAUCUCGAGUACUCAACCGUGUUCUUGGGGGUCCACACAAGCCUAAUGACUACUUCAUAAACUGUGGUAUGGAGGGAGGGAGGCUGCCUCGAGUUCUGUCCGAUGGUCUGGUGGAGGUUUGUUGGAACCUGCAUUCAGGAGAUCCUGAAGACAAUGUCUUCUCUCGUCCUGUGCUAGUAGCAAAUCUUCGCGGAGAUGCAGCUGACUACGAAAAACAGAUGAGUCUUCUGUGUUACACAUCUGCAGUUCUCAUAGUGUUCUGUGAAAGUUUUGGUGCCAAGGAACGAGAACUACUUAAAUCAUGGCGAGACAAUACAAGCCACAUGAUUAUAAUCGACUGCUCAACAUCAGUAGAGGAUGGACAAGAGAAUCAUAAUGAGAAAAUGAAACAAAGGCUGAUGAAAGAUUUGGAACUGCCUGAUGGAACAAUGCUUAAUGGCUGUGAAGGUGAUGAGGAAGAAAUUGCUGAGAACUUAAGAGAUGUUCUGGAUCGCUUCAUUCCAUACUUGCACACCACAAACCUCGUAGGUACAGCUGGUAUGGCCAAUGACCUUGACAUUAAUAUUGAUGAAGAUGAGCUCUGUCGAAUGGCAUUCAGCGAAGCUGAAGAGGUCCUCAGUGGAAUCGAAGAUGGAGUGUCCAGCUAUUUGGAGAACCAGCUGCCCCUGCAGGGUGCAGUGUGGAAACAGUUGUGCCAGCUGGAGAAAGAGGAGGCACGUCGCCAACAACAUACAUCCCAGAGCUUAACAGGGGAGAAGGAAAACCUUAUAAAACAACUGCUUGAUUAUGAAUUAACAACAGCCAUGAGAGCCUUCACGGCAGCUUUGUGUUCAUUUGACACUACCAAGCGGGCAUUCUUUCUUUCUUGGAUGAGGGUGAAGCUUGAAGUUAUGCAGUUGGAUAACCUGUCCCUUCAAAGGGAAGCAGAUGAGGGCCAAAUGCAAGAACCUUGCAUUGGACUUGAACACUUCCUUAGAGAGAUGGGACUGGUCUACGAACGAUACUUCCGCGGCCCAAACAGUGACUUGUAUGACAUGUUCCGCUUACCAUAUAUAGGUGCUGAACUUCUCCUUUAUGGAGUUCCCCUUGAGCUCUAUGAUGGGGAUGCCUCAGUAUUUCCCAUGAACUGGGUAUACAGCGUUCUGUACGAGGUAUACAAGCAGCUGCCAAAGUUCAGUCGUAUGAGAGUUCUGACAAUCCUAGGUUUCCACAACUCCAAGAACGCAGAGGUCUUAUCUGCCUUGUUUGGCGUCAACUUCCCAAAGUGGGGUAGAAGGCAUAUCAAAGGGGCGUACAUGCUUCUCCUCAGCCUGCCUGACAACUUCAGAAUGGAGAUGGAUUGUGAAUUUCUGUUGCUGAUUAGCACAGAAGGUCUGAACUCCCAAACAGAAAGAAGUCUUGUGCAUGACAGUGAACUGGCUACCUUUGUCAGUGGACUGAGUGACAUUACACUAAUAAAUUUUCCAGAUGAGGGUCAGAAUGAAACAAGAAGCAAUCUUCAGGUUGCUGCCAAUGCUAUUCUCUGCACACGAAACUUGGAGAGGAAGACUACCUUUCAGAUUGCUUCAGAAGGAACAGGAUUGGAUGGGAAAAUCAUGAGUUGUGUAAUUGAUGUACUGAACACAGGACAGCUCCCAAAUUUAUCUAAAAGAGAAACACUUGCCACAAGUGAAACAAGAGGUAUAAGUCAUAACCUGCACAGCCCAUGGACCAGCAGCUCUGUGACUUUACAAAAUAAUCAAAUCCACAGUGAUGCAAUUCUCAGGCUAAAGAAAAGACUCUUGACUAUUUUCCAUGAAAAGGCAACAAAUGGCCAGCCAACCUGCUUGGGUGCAUUUAUGGAGUAUAUGUUAUGUAUGUGGGAGAGAGUGAAAAAUGGAAGUGUUGCCAUAAAAUUGGGAGACACGGUCACAGCUGAUGCCAUCAUUGGCCUCUGCACAAAACUUGUACAGGGAGAGAAGCAUCUUGGUGAUCAACUGGAUAUUUGGGUUGAAGCAUUGGACGAUCACAUAACAGAGUUGAAAGAAUCGGCAUCCCAAAAUGGAGAACGUAUGGAUUCAGAUAGGCUAUUCAGAAUCUUGACAGAUGAAGCAACUACCCAAAUCAGUACAGAGAAAGACCAUAUUAAGGCAAGUCUUUGGGACUACCUUAGGCAGGAAGACAUUGAUAUUUCCCUUGUGGAAAAUUACAAAGUAAACCUUCACAAAAAAGUAGACCACAUUCAGGAGCAAAUGACAUCUGAUGUUGCCCAGAAACUUGAGUCUGCUACCAUUCGUCAUGACAUGACAAUUAAGAUGCAAGCCUUAUUGACAUCACUUGAAGCAGCCCUGGAGGUGAAGUUACGUUCACUCUUGCAGACCAGCAAGAACAAUAACUGUGUGAUAGAGGACAAGGAGCUUGAACGUGAAUUUGUUAGCGUUUGGGAAAAUAUCCCAUCCAACGUGAACGAUCCCCCCUCAGAGAUACAAGAUAUCUUUACAAGUAUGGUGGAGCAACUAAAGAAAAACCUAAGUGACCGUGGUCUAAAAAAGCAUAACAUAAGACUCCAAGAUGCAAACCAACUCAAUGGCUUUAAAGUGAAGACUGCCCAUUUUGCUUUGAGUAGUAAGAUGAAGAAAUCACUAAAGUACAACAAGAAUGUUGCACAAAGGUUCACCAAUAAUUUGAUCGAAGACUGUGACAGGAGAGUCUCAGAAAAAGUAUGCCACAAAGAGGGCUACUCAGACAGCUACAUGAGAGAGUUGCUUGCAAUUGUGGACAAGGGUCUAGAAGUUUUAAAAGGUGAGUCAUUCGUGAUGGCUCCCAAAUUUGAAGUGGAUAUCAAAGGAUACGUCUGUGGCAAAGCUGCAGAUUCUUUUCAAGAGGUGCAGGAUUCAUUCUUAAGAGAAAAGGAAAUCAAAGAGAGAUUCCUAAAUGAGACCAGGGAUAGACACAUGCUGAAUUUCAUAUAUCAGUUCCGGAAAAGGGACCAGUGUCAAAAAGCUGCUCAAAUGUUCACCAAUCAAUGCCUCAAGCCAACAGUCGAAGACUUCAUUUACAACAGCUUGGAGAGACAGAUAUUUAAUAAUAUGAUCCAGAACCAAAAUGCACGAUUUUAUAGCUCACCAAAGAAGUUCCACUACAGUCUUCUUAAAGAAAUGCUAAUAAAGGACAGCUUUGAGAAUUUCCAUGAGUACCUUCAGUCCCAUGAGAGCUUCUGCCGGAAGAGUAUCGAGAACUUUAUCAGAGCUCAUCUGUCAGGUUCUGUUAUGAUCGAAGACCGCAGAGAACAGCGAAUGCACCAAAUCUUUGAUUGGGUGAAGAGGUGUAUUACUCAGGUAUCUGAAUCUGAAACUGGGGCGCAGAGCAAUGUUAGACAACUACUUGAGAAAGUAUGUUCCAGCCUGGAGAGUCUGGAAAAAAUCACUACGCCAACUCAAAUCUUGAAGAAACCUUUGUUUGACAUAAGUACGCAUCGUGAGCAUUUCUUUGCAAACCUAGAGGAAUCGGUGUCUGAGUUAUCCUCAGCAAUUGCUCAGGAAUUCAUGGAGAAUGAGGAUGUCAUUGAAGUCCCUGAUGACCUCCCCGAAAAACUUAAGGAUUUGCUAUACGAAACAGUUAAGGGCUGCGAUAAGCGUUGUCCUUUCUGCAAAGCUCCAUGUGACCUGGAAGAAAAAGAACAUAAAGUGCACGAAGCGGUUGUGCAUCGCCCCAAAGGUCUAGUGUGUUACACCAAUGCCAACUCCACCACUCUGUCCCACAACACCUGCUCAGCAGAUAUUGCAGGACAAAACCAGUUUCAAAACAGAGAUACAGCGGGCCAGUCUCUGCCCUAUAAGGAGUACCAAUCCAUCUACCCAGACUGGAAAAUUUACCCAGAAGAUCCUAGAAAUAAUGGGGCUGCAGUCUACUGGAGAUACAUGUUCAUGAGGUACAACAGUAGAUUUGCUCAAAAAUAUCAGUGUGCACCUGCAAUUUUACCUGAAGCAUGGGGAAAAAUCACUCAGAAGGAGGCACUGCAGAGCCUGAGAGAGGCCUUUCAGAUUACAGAGUGAUAAUGUCCUGCACCAGCAUCAUUAUAUCCCUGACUGUAUUUCUGAUGAUUUCACUUUAGCUGAUAAAACAGGUUACUAUUACAGAACUUUCUCUAAAUAAAAUCAACAGGAGGUGAAAUUCUGAUUCAUCACUUAUAUGCCAGCUGAUGAACGAAUUGAUGAACGUUUUCUGUAAUAAUGUGGUUUAAAAACAGCCUGAUAUAUUUACUUGUUUGCAUCUUAAAUAUGUUAAAAGUAAAAAUAUAUAUCUAUAUAUUGAAAUUUAGUGAUACUCACUGUAAAGAAUGUCUUCUGAUACUCUGCCAGUAAGAUGUAUGCCAACUGUCUUCCUUACAAAUGUUGCAAUGUUUUCAUUACAAAUAAACAAAUGAAAAAAAUAAUUACAGAAUGUCAAUAAAAACUACUUUAAAAUCUA